AUGUCGACUGAAUGGUCUCUGGAUUUCUGCCUAGUCUGUGACCGACAGACCCUAGGCGCUCCCUACUGUUCCCAAACUUGCCGCCUAGCAGAACUGGACGAUACAUCAGAUGGAAUGUCACGGAGAUCGAGCGCAUCGUCGACACACUGGUCUGAGAUCAACCAGGCCCAAGCACAAGCUGCCGCCAAUACCUCAGAUUCCCACAACUCUCGAAUCCUAUCUGCUUCCUCAUCUCAAACCUCACUCUCUUCACUGAAGAGCAACACAUCCAAUGCAUCCAAUUUCGCCGAUCGGCUCCAGGAUGAAUUACGCGAUUACGCAUCUUGCUUUGACCAAGUUCGCGACCUGAAACGACGCAUGACGACCACAUAA